AUGCCAUAUGCGACCAGCGUAGCUACAGACCAGUCUGAGCUACCGCGAAGUCGAGUGGGGAGCUACAUGUCCGCUUAUGAGACCACGACACCUUGCAUAGUGAACAGAGUGGCUCGUGACCAGACUGCGCGGAAUGACGAGGCUCAUACAUUCCAUAUACUACGAGCGGGUCUACAGGCGAUUCACUUUGGCUUUGACCACCGAUACGGAAUGUCUGGGUCGAUUGCCAAAUUACACUCCCCUCCUCGUUUCUCCCCCUGUACCUCGCCCUUGAAGAUUUCCAACCUGAUCGCCCAUUCCCCCGGGAUCGUCGUUUCGGUACCCCAGCGGACCGACCCCUCGGCCGCUCCAGGGUCGGGCAAGCGCGCGUCCCCGGGGCUCGUGUGUGUCGUGUGCGGCGAUACGUCCAGCGGGAAGCACUACGGGAUACUUGCUUGUAACGGAUGUAGCGGUUUCUUCAAGAGGAGUGUCCGCCGGAAGCUGAUCUACAGGUGCCAGGCGGGCACGGGGCUGUGUGUGGUGGACAAGGCGCACCGGAAUCAGUGCCAGGCGUGCCGCCUCAAGAAGUGUCUCCAGCUGGGCAUGAACAAGGACGCGGUCCAAAAUGAGCGUCAACCCCGGAACACGGCUCAGGUGCGUAACGACCAGUUAGAGGGCGGGUUGGAGGCCCGAGCCGUCACAUCCCACGCCACCGUGAGUGCGACGCAUCCGGCAUUCAGUCCGUCCGCCGCCAAGCGCAGGAUACUUCCGGGAAUGGUUCCGCAUGACACAGCGACGAAACCUGAGAAGCAUGGUCACGAAGCAGACGGCGACGAUAACAUUGACAUCACUUCCGACGUCGGUGAGAGGCACGUGACGCCAUACUACAACAGCUACGGAGAAGUUUUCUACCCGCUACACGGCGGCCAAGAGACGCUUUAUGAGUGUUCCGCUCGGCUUCUGUUUAUGGCUGUGCGCUGGGCGAAGAACCUGCCGUCGUUCGCCAACCUACCAUUCCGAGACCAGGUAAUUCUUCUGGAAGAGACCUGGGGAGAGUUGUUCCUGCUCUGUUCCAUCCAGUGGUCCAUGCCUAUGGACGCGUGUCCGAUGCUUGGCAACCAGGAACAGGUGCAGGCAAAGUCCGGACCUCUAGCAGCCGAUAUCCGGACCCUUCAAGAAAUCUUUGCCCGGUUUAAGAAUAUAGGCGUCGAUCCUGGGGAGUUCGCGUGUUUGAAGGCAGUAUCGCUUUUUAAACCAGAGACGCGGGGCCUCAAGGACCCUCACCAGGUGGAGAGUCUGCAGGAUCAGGCCCAGGUGAUGCUGGGGCAGCACAUUAGGGCUCAGCACCCAACACAGCCAGUCAGGUACGGAAGACUGCUGCUUAUUUUGCCCAGCCUAAGGUUCAUCAGCACAGACAGCAUCGAGAAGGUGUUUUUCGGUCGCUCUAUAGGUCAUACACCAAUGGAAAAGCUUCUGUGUGACAUGUUCAAAAGUUGACUUGUCAACCAAUAAAAUGCGUUAAGCGGGGAAAAUCGAGAUUCAAGAGACUCGACCAAUUAAAACUUUCGAAAGAAACAUUAAAGCAAGACAGGAGUAACCACUCUGGAUCAGAAGACGAUUUAUUGCAUCUUUCUGGAGAAAGUCGAUUUAUCACGGUUGAUGAAUAACUUGCAAUGGACCUGUUGUUAAUUAUUUUUUAAAUUUGAUAUUUUCUACGGAAUCUUGAUAGGGCCAUCUACAAUCUUGCCCUUCUUUCAUCAAGGGCGACACACGACACACGAAGCGAUACACGAUAUUGUGCGCGAUACUCAAAGCGACGCACGAUAUUUUGCGCAAAACUCAA